AAUCGGCACCUUCCUUAAGACAGCAUUAGACAUCCCGGUAACGGGUUUGGAUUCUGUCUAUGUCGCGAUAAAAGACAACGGCAUAAUUAUAGCUGAGCCAUAGCACCACUAACUCAUGCCGUCACUAAUGAUCAUACUGUGAUAUACCAAUACAAUGCCAUCUUCCAGUGCACUGAUAAAUCAGUGGACUUUGGAUUUUGUUCGUGCUGUGGACAAUCGGGAUGGCACCUCGCUAGCACACUUGAUACGCCAUAGUUGCGAUAAGCUGCGGUGUAACGAUGCCAGAGAACUGGAUGAGGCAACAAUCGAAAAUGGCUGCUACCAAAUAUUCCAGCGAUACGACAGGAUAUACGGAACAGAAAUGAAACACUUUUUGACCCAUUAUACCAAAGUGGCGCUGUUUAUAUCAAAUAACGCUGCGUCCUGGGACGAUAUAUUGAAGAAGUCAUUUAAGCUGGUUGAUAUGUGGAUGGACCUGUAUUUAUCCCAAACUAACAUCGAUUACAAUUGGCUAGUUCCGUCUCUUCAUACUCUCUGUAACCUGGCUUCCCGAAUCGGUUUAAUGGCCGAUCGUUCAUCAGAAGAUAGUGGCGAGGACGAAGAUAAGGACAAAUAUAUGAAACAGGUCCUUAGUAAUAUACGAAGUAAAAUGGGUAGAGUCAGAGAUGACGACACCAGGCACCCAGCCUAUAUCAUACUGCUUUGCCAUUCUAUAAAGGGAUGCAUUCAGCUUGGUAACAUGCAAAUGGCAGCCGGUUUCUUGAAGACUAUUGAAUCGCACACUAUCAACUACUCCAGAGCCUUCAGGGGGCCGCUAAUCAACUAUCGCUACUAUCUAGGCAAGUUGCACAUGCAAAAGGGGGAUUAUCAGGAGGCCAAUGAACACCUAUCCUGGGCAUUCUCCAAUACACUGCCUAAUUCCAUCAAGAUGAGGAAGCAAAUCCUGGAAUGCAUAGUAGUGGUCCGAAUUGGCCUAGGCAAAUUGCCGCCAAUACAGCUACUACAAAAAUAUGACCUUGGGGCGUACUGUGAUAUUAUACGUGCAGUGAGACUUGGAGACAUCAAGCUGUUUACAGAAACUAUCGAGAGGUACUUUGAUACAUUCACCUCCCAGGGCACUGUGCUCUGUGUGGAGCAGCUUAAAUACAUCGCCUAUCGCAGUCUUAUCAAAAACGUCAAACAGUGGUGGAAUACCAAUGUUCCCGGGUCUAAGCAGAACAUGCUAUCGGUUGACUUGCUUACUCAUAUACUCAAAUGGCAGAUGCCAUGCAUUACCGACCAAGAGAUGCUAUGCAUAUGUGUCAACCUGAUUAGACGUGGGCUCAUCAAAGGUUACUUAUCAUGGGAGAGGUUGAUGAUUGUUUUUAGCAACAUCGAACCUUUCCCACCCAUAAGCUCAUCUGUACUCUAAGAUUCUAUUGGACGUAUAGUCCUCAACUCAUGUGGAUAACAUAUCGCAAAGGUUCACCAUAAAGUAUCAUAACUAGACAACGGGAGAUAACGUAAUAUAUCAGUGUUGGUAACACUUCUAUUGCAUUCGGCCAAUAAACUAUGACGUGGAUUGUGGCAUUCUCUCGUGAUAAGUCAGAUUUUACGCAUAAAGCACGAAC